ACUCAUAGAACACCAAGACGGAUGGCAAACACAAGCAAGACCGAAAAGUUCCAGCUGCAUGUUCCGAAUCUCGAGGAAUUAUGUCAGGUGCUGGAAACAGGACUGAAUAAGAAUUUUUCUGAUGUAAAAGUGUCUGUUGCUGACUGUCCAGAUCUUACACAAGAGCCUUUCAGGUUUCCUGUCAAGGGUAUUUGUGGCAAACCACGUAUUACUGAUGUGGGAGGUGUACCCUAUCUGAUUCCUCUGGUCCAACUGGACAAGGUUUACAACAUGAACCUUGUGUCCAAGGAGGUGGAGCUGCCUGGUGCAUUUAUUCUUGGGGCUGGUGCUGUCUCCUCCAAGACAGUUGGGAUAAAUGGAGAGUUAAUGCCUCUGGUGCUGACUGAGGCUGAAGGGAGACCUGCGGUGAAUGGCAGUUAUUUUUCCUCUGUCAACCCAGUGGAUGGAAAAUGUCUGCAGGAAAAGUAUAGUGGCAGGUUUCAUGACUGUGACUUUGGCCUCCUUGCAAACCUUUAUGCAUGUGAGGGCAAACCUGGAAAGGUCAUUGAGGUGAGAGCCUGCAGAAGGACUGGAGAGGACAGUCUUGUGAGCUGCAUGAGAAAGACCAUGGAAGAACAUUAUGGGGAGAAGAGUGUGGCCCUGGGGGGAACUUUUGUCAUACAAAAGGGGAAGGCAAAGAUCCAUAUCAUGCCACGUGAAUUCUCUACCUGCCCUCUAAACACCAAUAAGGACGUCGAUAACUGGCUCAGGCAUUUUGAAGUCAGUGCACCACUGAUCUUUCAAACUGUCAUGGUGUCCAGAGACCCAGGUCUUGACCUGAGAGUGGAGCAUACCCAUGGCUUCAGUCACCAUGGUGAGGGGGGCCAUUACUACACAGAUACCACCCCAAACACAGUGGAGUACCUGGGAUACUUCCUCCCUGCUGAGCUCUUAUACCGAAUCGACCGACCCACAGAGACACACAAUGUUGGCCGAGAUUAAACUGUUGACAGUUCUGAUUUUUUUUAUGCUGUAAAAGCAUUUAAAAUGCAAAUAAUUAAUUAGCUUUUUUACUCAGACCACUUUAUAUUGAUGAAUAAUAAAAUAAAUAUAAUAAGUCUUGAAAUUAUAA